UAACAAAUCGUCCAAGGGUAAUAAACCAACCGGCAAAAUAAUUAAGUGGGAAAAAGAAAUGGAGGCGAAGAAGGUAGUAGCAGUGUUUGUAAUGUGCAUAGUUGUGUUGUCAGCUGUGCAUGUUGACGUAGCUGAAGCCGAUGAAGUUUUCAAGCGGUGCUUUGACAAUUGUCAAAAGGAAUGUGCUGAUGAGGGCCAUGGCUACACUUUUUGUGAGAUGAAAUGUGACGCCGACUGUGGUAUGAUGGAGCUCAAAGCCAAAAUCGAGAAUCUCAAGCAUUGAACGAGGACCAAUGAUGCAGGGGUGAGGGGACCACCCCCUAGUAGGAGAUAUGGCACAUAUUUUCUCUAAUUAGUUCAUUAAUUUCUUUCCCUACGACAGUUGUAAUGCUCAAAAUUGAAUUAAAGUAAAUUCAUUAGUUUGUUUUUUAUAAGAUAUAUUGUAUCCUUGAGUCCGUUGCACUUAAAUUAAUUUCCUAUGAGCAUA